AUGCACCACGUCUCUGAGUCCAGACUGAACCUAAGCAUGCCUCGGUCUCCUGCAGCAGCUCACUCGUACCAGCAGGGCGCCAUCAGGAUGACCCUGGAGAACGCUGAUCUGUGGAAGUCCUUCCACAGCAUCGGGACGGAGAUGAUUAUAACCAAACACGGGAGGAGAAUGUUUCCGCACUGCAACGUCAGCGUAACCGGCCUCCAGCCUUACACCAGCUAUGUCCUCAUGAUGGACAUGGUUCCCGUAGACGGCUUCAAAUACAAGUGGAAAAAGGAGCAGUGGGAGGUCGCAGGGAAGGCAGAGCCCCAGCCCCCGUGUCGGACAUUCACCCACCCAGACUCCCCUGCAACAGGGACUCACUGGAUGAAGCAGUCCUUGUCCUUCCUCAAGAUGAAGCUCACCAACAACACCUUGGAUCAGCACGGCCACAUCAUCCUGCACUCCAUGCACCGCUACUGCCCCAGGUUUCACGUGAUCCAGGCGGACAGUCCGUACACGGUGCGCUGGGGCUCCUUUCAGACCUUUUCCUUCCCAGAGACCGUCUUCACCGCGGUUACAGCGUACCAGAAUCCAAAGAUUACCAAAUUAAAGAUCGACCACAACCCCUUCGCUAAAGGAUUCAGGGAGGGCGGCACACAUUCUCACAGCAAACGGUGUCGUUCAAAUAAAAGUCCUCCUGCAAAGAGGCAGGACAGGAAGGACUUGUGCAACACUUCUCCAGGCCUGCAGAGGAUGCCCUCCACCUCUCAGUCAGCGCCGGCACAGAAGAAUCAGGCCUCCACGCAGCAGCCGUCGAAGGGGGGUCACCUUCCAGGCUGGUCUCUGGAGCAGGAGAGCGUCCAGCCCGAGCCCCUGGAGCUGCACGAGUACGACUACAGCUGCGAGGAGCAGAUGGUGCCGGCGUCCGCGGCAUACCAACCAUCUGUGGAGUUCGCUAGAUUCCCGUUCCCCACCGGUGACGUAGAUGGAACACAGACCCUCCUCCACCCUCCGCCUCAUCCCCUGUCCACGGCUGAACACGGCGCCCAACAACACGGCUACCACCACGGCAGCAGCAGCAGCAGCACGGCCGACUGGAGCCAGUACCCGCUGUUCUCCUACUCCUGUUGGUGA